GCGAAACGGGUGCGUCUAUUGAUUUGAACGCUUUGAGCAGCCUGGCCACAAGCUGAAAAGGGUUUCUGUGGAGCAUAAAAGGACAAAAAGUGAAACUGGUACACUGGGAAUUACUUGGAGUUAUAAGCGUUGCCUCUCCCUGUGGGACUGAAGGUGACAUAUCCAGACAGGGCAUUUCAUCAUGACAGAGACAGCAGCAGCACCAGCUCAGAGGGCGAAAAGGGCUAAAGCCUCUAAAAAAGCGGCGUCGCAUCCCAAAUAUUCAGAAAUGAUCAAAUCGGCCAUCGUUGCCGAAAAAGGUCGUGGAGGUGCUUCUAGGCAAUCAAUCCAGAAGUACAUUAAAAGCCACUACAAGGUAGGCGACAACGCUGACUCUCAGAUAAAGCUGUCACUCAAGCGGCUAGUGGCAACCGGGGUCCUGCGUCAUACCAAGGGCAUGGGGGCCUCGGGUUCCUUUAAACUGGCUGCGGCUGACAACUUGAAGAAAGUGUCCAAAUCUUCUGAGAAAGCUAAAAAGAAGCCAAGAAAAGCCGUGAAGCCCAAGAAAGUGGUGAAACCUAAAGUGAGCAAAGCUCCAAGAAAAGCUAAACCCAAAGCGGUGGCGAAGAAGGCGAAGAAGACUAUAGAGAAGAAGAAAGCAGCAACUAAGCCGAAGAAACCGGCAAAGACACCUAAGAUCUCAAUACCGGCAAAGACAACUAAACCCAAAAAAGUUAAAAAGGUGAAGCCCAAAGCAAGGACAACUGUCAAGAAAGCUGGAAAGAAGAAGUAAAUGGAAACAACAUACAAAGGAUUCACAGAAAAACAACAUUGUAAAUAGAUUAGGGAAAAUGGGAACCCCUACCUUUUUAUAUCAGGCGGAUUGUAUAUAUCGUUUUUCAAGUCAGGUUUUAAGUUCAUUGAAUCGUUCAAACGAUUGUCUUAAGUACUCACUAGGUGCUCUUAUCUGUGGAUCCAACAAGAACUUGCCUCCACUGUUUUGUGGAUAAUUGUACCUUUUAAAAACAAUUUAAUACGCUAAAAGAUCAUUGUAAAUAAUGAAUAGAAUGUGUCUAUUU